CUCGGAGCGGGACUGUUGAAAACCAAUCGUCGGCGCUCCGGCUCGUUAUAACAGACGCCGUCCCCCGGAGACUCGUCCUGGCAGCCGCCCUGUGACGAGAACGACGCGAGAACAUGCCUCCCAAAAGGCACAAAGACACCAAGGUGAAUGUCUCCAGCUCGCUGGAAUCGGAGGACUUCAGCCUGGAGACGACUGUCCCCACCGAGGAAGUCUCGUCUUCGGAGGAGAGGGACGGGUCUCAGAAGGUCACCAGGCAGCUCAUAGAGAGGAAGGAGCUGCUGCACAGCCUGCAGCUCCUCAAGAUUGAGCUGUCGCAGAAGAACCUCAUCAUUGACAACCUCAAGGUGGACCACCUCACCAAGAUCGAGGAGCUGGAAGAACAACUGAAUGACGCCCUUCAUCAGAAGCAGCUCCUGUCACUGCGUCUAGACAGCCAGCUCAAACUGCAACAGGAAGAGAACAGAAAACUGCAAGCUUUACGGAAGCAGGAAAUGGACGCGAUCCUACUGAGGCAGAGGCAGCUGGAGGAGACCAAUCAGCGGCUGUCCGAAAAAGCCGGCGAUAUCAGACGCAGCCUGAGAGACCUGGAGCUGACGGAGGAAAAGUACGCUGAGCUCAAGGAGUUUCCGGAGGAAAAGCUUUCCAUUCCAGAAUACGUAUCGGUGCGUUUCCAUGAGGUGGUCACUCCAUUGAGAGUCCAGGUCAAGGAACUCCAGAUACGAAAUAGCAACCUGACAGAGGACCUGGACAGCCACCGGAGUCAGAUUAAGGCACUCAUGGAAAGCUACGAAGAAGAAAGGAGAGUACGUUCAGAGUUAGAAAUUCGGUGCCAGCGCCUUACUUUGGAGCUGGCAGACACCAAACAGCUCAUUCAGGAAGGGGAUUUCAAGCGUGAAAACUACAGCAAGGUGAAACGAGAAAGAGACGCCUAUGAGGGUGAAGUCAGUGAGUUGAGGAAGCGCCUAGAAACACUGGAAGUUGUACACAAUGCGCAGACUAAGGAAAGAGAUCACUUGACCAAAGAGGUGGCCACCUUGCAGCAGUCAGUCACCCUUCUGCAAAAGGACAAGGAGUAUCUGAACCGGCAGAACAUGGAGCUGAGUGUACGGCGUGCCCAUGAGGAGGACCGUCUGGAGCGACUGCAGGUCCAGCUGGAGGACUCCAAGAAGGCCCGGGAGGAGGUCUAUGAGAAAUAUGUGGCGUCGAGAGAUCAUUACAAGACUGAGUACGAAAACAAGCUUCGCGAUGAACUCGAGCAAAUCCGGCUAAGAACAACUCAUGAAAUCGAGAGUCUUCAGAGAGCCUCCAAAGAGAUGUAUGAGCGUGAAAACAGGAACUUGCGAGAAGCCAGAGACAAUGUAGUAAUGGAGAAAGACAGAGCUGUUGCUGCUGAGAAGGAAGCCACAGACAAAUAUAACCACAUUCUAGAACAGUUCAGGCAGCUUCAGCUUGGCACCGACAGCAGGGUGGCCGAGUUGCUCAACCAAGUGAAACUGAAGUCCUUUGAAGUGGAGCGUGCUCAGAUGGUGCAGGAGGAAACAGCCAGGAACCUCAGCCAGUGCCAGAUAGAAUGCGAGAAGCAGCAGAAAAAGCUGGAGGUCUUGACUAAGGAAUUUUACCACCUUCAGACUUCAUCAGAGAAGCGAAUUACAGAGCUGCAGGCUCUGAACUCGGAGCACCAAGCACGGCUGGAGACGUACGAAAAGCUGGAGAAGGAGCUCGAUGAUGUGACCGUGCAAGCUGCUGAAAUGGGAAGUGAAGAUGAUGCAGAAAGAGUUCUCUUUUCAUAUGGCUAUGGUGCAAAUGUACCAACAACAGCCAAAAGGCGAUUAAAGCAAAGCGUUCAUCUGGCAAGGAGGUUGCUGGCAGUAGAGAAACAGAACACCUUGCUGAGAAGGGAUCUGGAGAAACAGACUGCUCACGUUGAGCAGAUGGCAGAAGAGCUCAAGGUAGCCAAUGAGCUUCUUCAGCAAGCGCAGCAACCUUACAGCUACCUCAUUGAUACUGUUCGGCUGAGGGACGCGCAGAUCGGAGCACAGAAGGAGCGCAUCUCAGAGCUGGAGGACACAGUCAGAACUCUGAAAAAAGAGAUGGCAACCCUCCACCAGGUGAAAAACAACAUGGCUGCUGAUCUUGAAAAACUUCUCAGUCAUCGGGAGGAACUGUCUGUGAUGAAGCAGGUCCUUAUUAGCAUGCAGUCACGGCAGUCCAGGCCUACUUUGCCUUCUCAACCAGACACUACAACCGGAACUACAGUUCACAGGUCCAAGGGAUUACCCAUGAGUCCCCAGGGAGAGGUGUACGAGCCCAAGCCAAAGCCCACAUUGUUUACAAAAAAUGAACCUCCCGAAUGGUACAGAAAACUGAAGCAGCACUCCAAAUGAAAUUUUCUUCAUCUCACUGGACUAAAUUAUCACUGUUUUGUAUAAAGGGCAAAAUGUCAUUUUUAUGAGGACUUGUUGCAGUUUUUUAAAGGCAUUUAAGUAUUUUCAUUGGGAGCAAAGUGAUUUUAAUUUUUAUUUUGCACAUCUGUAGCACUUAAAGUCAAUAUGAAGAAUGGUCUCUGGAAAAAAAAAAUGAGAUGUUACUUUUGUUUUAAGUGCAAAGGUGGAGAUUUACAGCAUUCUUUCAGGAACAAACUUUAGUAAAUAGCUGCACCGGAUCCAUGUGUGGUUGCUGCAAAUAGUUUUUAAUCACACUGCUUUAUUAGCUGAAAUAACUGCUGUCCUGCCCGAGCCGUUGUUGAACAUGUACCAGUGUAACAGUGAGGGUAAACUGUGGUUUUCACUGAAACGCUUGGUGCUCUCUAACUUGAACUGCACACACACAGUGGAUCCAAACACCAUCCAAACUGCAACUCAUCCCUGUCCGCUGUACUCAUUUAGGACUGAAGGUUUUACCCACAUUUACAGUUAUGAAUUGAUUUUUUCCAUCUUCAUCACCUCUACUGAAGGUUUAUGGGCAGUGAACCUAAGGCCGGGUUUGUUGAAACUAAAAUCUACUUGACCAGACUGUUUAGUGGCUCUUUUCCCCGCAGUGAAAGUCGCACAGUGUU